UCUCGGGCAACAGGCGGCAACCUACCACUGGGCAGAGGCCUCGGGCAACAAGUGGCAAUCUACCCCUGGGCACGGGCUCGGGCAACAGGCGGCAACCUACCGCUGGGCAGGGGCCUCAAGCAACAGGCGGCAACCUACCCCUGGGCAGGGGUCUUGGGCAACAGGUGGCAACCUACCCCUGGGCAGGGGCCUCGGGCCACAGGCGGCAAUCUACCCCUGGGCAGGGGUCUCGGGCAACGGGCGGCAACCUACCACUGGGCAGGGGCCUCGGGCAAUAGGCAGCAACCUACCACUGGGCAGGGGCCUCGGGCAACAGGCGGCAAUCUACCCCUGGGCAGGGGUCUCAGGCAACAGGGGCCUCGGGCAACAGGUGGCAAUCUACCACUGGGCAGGGGCCUCGGGCAACAGGCAGCAACCUACCCCUGGGCAGGGGUCUCAGGCACUCAACGGGACUCUAGCUGGACAUUGGGUUCACGGGGACUCAACGGGGGCACCACAGGUAGCUAUACUCCGGGCACACCAUGGGGCGGUUCAAGUAAGGAUAGUCUAGGCGUGUAGUAGGGCAGUGCCUAACCCAGGUGGUCUGUGUGCACAACGGGGACAGUUCAGGACACAAGUGGUCGGUGCACACACCGGGGACAGUUCAGAAC